AUGGAACGGAGUGGCUUGCAUUUCGCACGCUCUUUUCUAAAACAGGUCCUUUUUUUCCCUUCAGAAUCAGUCAAAGACAAAGGAGAAAAAAACAACAAAAAAAUCCUGGUUGUCUCAAUCUUUUUCAUUCUCUAAAUCAGACAUCUCAUCCUCGUUGUCUCUUUGGCACUGAAAUUCCAGAGAUUAAUCCGGGGUUCAUAUAUAUUUCCGGCCUUUUUCUCUAUUCAUCUUCCCCUACAUUCUUGAGAAAAGGUGUAGGUGUAAUAUAUUGUAGUGAGGGCCGUAGUUUGAUCAUCUAUUGUUGUAUUAUAUGAAUGCUUGAUCCUCCUGCCCUUUUGGUCUCAUAUUUAUUGAGCAACCUUUCGAGAAAUAUUAAUCAUGUGUGACACAAUGUCUGGACAUCUUGACAAACACUUUAAACCCGUUCUUGAUGAAACCUCUGAGGAUGAGAGGAAGACAAGACUUGGAUCUCUUAAGAAGAAGGCAAUCAAUGCCUCAACCAAGUUUAAGCAUUCUUUCACAAAGAGAGGAAGAAAAAACAGCAGGGUAAUGUCGGUUGCUAUUGAGGAUAAUAUCAACGCAGAGGAAUUGCAAGCAGUGGAUGCAUUUCGCCAAGCACUUAUCUUGGAAGAGCUACUGCCCUCAAAACAUGAUGAUCACCAUAUGAUGCUAAGGUUUUUGAAGGCCAGGAAAUUUGACAUUGAGAAGACAAAGCAAAUGUGGUCCGACAUGCUCCAGUGGAGGAAGGAAGUCGGCGCUGACACUAUCAUGGAGGACUUCGAAUUCAAGGAAAUCGACGAAGUCCUAAAAUACUAUCCACAAGGACAUCAUGGAGUUGAUAAGGAGGGGCGUCCUGUUUACAUUGAAAAGCUUGGACAAGUUGAUUCUAAUAAACUUAUGCAAGUUACAACAUUGGACCGAUAUGUAAAGUACCAUAUCCGUGAGUUUGAGAGGACUUUUGCUGUUAAGUUCACUGCCUGCUCCAUUGCAGCAAAGAAGCACAUCGAUCAGAGCACUACUAUUUUGGAUGUGCAAGGAGUGGGGCUUAAAAGCUUCAACAAAGCUGCAAGGGAACUACUCACCCGCCUCCAGAAGAUUGAUGGUGACAAUUAUCCUGAGACCUUGAACCGCAUGUUCAUCAUCAAUGCCGGUUCUGGAUUUAGGCUCUUAUGGAACACUGUUAAAUCCUUCCUUGACCCCAAGACCACCGCAAAAAUCCAUGUUCUGGGUAACAAAUACCAGAGCAAGUUGCUUGAAAUCAUUGAUGCUGAUCAAUUGCCAGAGUUUUUGGGUGGUUCUUGUACUUGUUCCGACAAAGGGGGCUGCAUGCAUUCCGACAAGGGCCCAUGGAAUGAUCCUGAUAUAUUGAAGAUGGUUCAAAAUGGUGAAGGCAAAUGCAUAAGAAGAUCUUUAUCAGAUAUUGAAGAGAAGACAAUCUCUGAGGAUGAGAAGACAUGCAAAUCUAUCAUCUCGGAUACAAUUCCAGAGCCAACAGAUGUGAAAUGUCUCUCUGCACAACCAAAACUCUCUUCUGUUCCUGAAGAAGUUCUUAUAGCCAAAACUUGCAACCCAAGCAAGUACGACAACUUUGUUCCCAUGGUUGAUAAGGUUGUGGAUGCAUCUUGGCCUCAUAAUGAUAAGUUUGCCGUCUCUAAAGCUGCAGAUUGUUAUUCCAUGGACUACACAACUAAGGCUUCCGAAGGUGUAAGCAGUCAGAUAGUUGGUGGUGUCAUGGCCUUUGUCAUGGGUAUUAUUACAAUGGUCCGCUUAACCCGAAACAUGCCGAGGAAAAUGACUGAAGCUGCACUCUAUGGCAAUCCAGUUUACUAUAAUGGCAUGAUGAUUAACAAAGGCCAAGGCCAUCAGUUGCCUGCACCGACCAUCUCCACCACAGACUACUUGACCAUGGUGAAGCGCAUGACGGAACUCGAAGAGAAAGUGAAUGUACUCGAAUCCAAAGCACCCGUCAUGCCACCUGAGAAGGAACAGAUGCUGAAUGAUGCUCUCAACAAGGUUGACACCCUUCAGCAGGAACUAGCAGCGGCCAAGAAAGCUCUUGAGGACUCCCUUGCCAAACAGCAGGAGCUUGUAGCCUAUGUUGAGAAGAAGAAGAAGAAGAAGAAGAUGCGCCUGUUCCGCUGGUAAAUGUGUUAUGUAGAAGAGUGGAUAGUAUUUGGCUGCAACGAAAUAAUAAAAACAGUUUGGGAAACCGGUUGCAGUUGGUGGCGUUGUUGAUUUUUUCAGCCCCUCCACGGAUGCUUUCUUAUAUAUGUGUAUUUUUUAGUAUUAUGUUUGUUUUUGUUUAAUACUCAAAAUGUCAAAUGCUGUGUAUAUUAUUGUUUAUACAAUGUGCCAUUCCUCAACAUUUGUGAAUAUUUUUAAUAAUUUGGGCACCAUUUUAUGUUGACAAAAAUUUCGUUUUUUC